AACACGUGUGGAGGGGGUGUGACUCGACGUCUCCGCGGAGGAGAGUGAAAGACAGGGAAAAGGGAGCAAACGAGCAAGAGAGGGGGAGGCCGAAGCCGUAGCCGCCAUUUUGGAUCCCACCGAGCUGUGGACGGAGAGCAGAAAGAGGCAUUUAAUAAGAUUCGCCAAAGCCUAUGCAACGAACCAGUUGGUUAAGUCGUCCUUAUUCAGGAGAGAGCGGACCCGUAUUUAGAAAACAAUUACUGAAAAUACAGUAACGUUGGAAGUAUAGACCCCAAAACAACACCGAAGCCGGAAGCGGCUCCCUCUACCAUUCUCCAUCCGUCUGGGGGCGGUAGGCAGUGUACCAAUGCACUUAGGAGACAUAUUGUCCAGGCACCUAGAAUCACAGCAUCAAGUGUAAGACCCUGCCUGUCAAAUAGGCUAUCAUCGACUAUCUCUCAGGUGCCUGUGGUCAAGUCACUCGGCUUCUGCUGAGCAAGAGAAAAGAGCCCUACCUUCUUAAAGUAUGAGGAGAACCCAUCUCUAGUGAAGGAAACAUGGCAGAUAAGCGAAAACUACAAGGCGAGAUUGAUCGGUGUUUGAAAAAGGUUUCUGAAGGCGUGGAGCAGUUUGAAGACAUCUGGCAAAAGUGGUUUCUAAACUGUGUGGUUGGUCCAUAUUGAGGGGUCUGGAGCAGCAGCAGGGCUACUCAGUCUGAAGUCCAUUUAUGGUGAAAUUGGGGGAAAUUACAACUUGAAAGUCAAUUAUGCUUCACAAUGCAGCUAAUGCAAACCAGAAAGAAAAAUAUGAAGCAGACUUAAAGAAAGAGAUUAAGAAGCUACAGAGAUUGCGGGACCAAAUAAAGACAUGGGUAGCAUCAAAUGAAAUCAAAGACAAAAGGCAGCUUAUUGAAAAUCGCAAGUUAAUAGAAACGCAAAUGGAAAGGUUUAAAGUGGUGGAACGAGAAACAAAGACAAAAGCCUACUCCAAGGAAGGACUAGGUCUGGCUCAAAAGGUGGACCCAGCCCAGAAAGAAAAAGAAGACGUUGGCCAGUGGUUAACGAACACGAUAGACGCCUUAAACAUGGGAGUGGAUCAGUUUGAAAGUGAAGUGGAAUCGUUGUCGGUACAAACAAGGAAAAAGAAAGGAGAUAAGGAUCAGAAGCAAGACAGGAUCGAAGGACUGAAACGGCACAUAGAGAAACACAGGUACCACAUCCGAAUGCUGGAAACAAUUCUGCGAAUGUUGGACAAUGACUCCAUUGACGUCGAUUCCAUUCGCAAGAUUAAGGAUGAUGUAGAGUAUUACGUGGACUCCUCACAGGAUCCAGACUUUGAGGAGAAUGAGUUUUUGUACGAUGACCUUGAUUUAGACGACAUUCCACAGACGGGGGUAGCUGCUUCCCCACCAGGUCAAAGUCACAUGGAGGAUGAGAUCUUUAAUCAGUCUAGCAGCACUCCCACCUCCACCACCUCUAGUUCUCCUAUUCCACCUAGUCCUGCCACAUGCACCACCGUAAGUGCUGAAAACUCUGAGGAUGACAAAAAAAUCCGGGGUCGAUCUACUGACAGUGAAGUAAGUCAGUCACCAGCAAAGAACGGUUCAAAAAGUGUCCAUAACAAUCAUCAUCCACAGUCCCCUGCAGUGACACCAAGUUACCAAAUAGGAAGCAAUUCCAGUACAUCCUCAUCACUUGGAAAUGGGCCAGGUGCGAACAGCAACGGGGCAGUAUCCAGCAGCAGUAGCACGAACAGCAGUAGCAGCAGCAGCAGCAGCAGCAACAGCAAAAAUAACCCGGCUUCUGGACACACAUCUGGCACGCCAACACCUUAUGCACAAGCAGUGGCUCCCCCAUCAUCAAAUACAAACACUUCUCAGCCUAGGCCGCCCAGUGCCCAGCAAAAUACAAGCAAGCAAAAUGGAGCCACCAGUUACAGCUCAGUUGUAGCAGAAAACUCCACUGAAUCUCCCCUCAGUAAUAUCAGCCAGACGCAAUCAAGCCAGUCUGUUAUUCACAACCCACCAACUAGCUCUGCGAAAGAAAUCAGCAGUUCAUCUCAGCCAGCUAACAACAGCAGUACCAGCACUGGAUCUAGUUUAUUGUUACCGUUAAAUGUAAAUCCUCCUAGUUCGCCAACACCAAACUUCAGUGACCCAAAACCCAGUCAGCCAUUGCUUAACGGGCCACCUCAGUUUGCAUCUACAGCAGAGAUUAAGGCUCCAGAGCCAUUAAGCACCUUGAAAUCAAUGGCUGAAAGAGCAGCUAUUGGGUCAAGUUUAGAAGACCCAGUUCCUACUAUUCACCUGGCUGAACGAGAAAUGCUUAUCACUACAACAACAGCUCAGCCGCCUUCCAGUCAGCCUCCCGCACAGCUUUCAGAAGUGAACAUCCCGCUUUCUCUGGGCGUCUGUCCUUUGGGUCCUGUCCCCCACACCACAGAUCAGCUUUAUCAACAAGCAAUGGAAGAUGCAGCGUGGCAUCAUAUGCCCCAUCCAUCUGACUCUGAGAGAAUACGGCAAUACCUCCCAAGGAAUCCAUGUCCCACACCUCCAUAUCACCACCAGAUUCCUCCUCUGCAUUCGGACACCGUAGAGUUUUAUCAGAGGCUUUCCACAGAAACUCUCUUCUUCAUCUUUUACUAUCUUGAGGGCACUAAAGCACAGUAUUUAGCAGCCAAAGCGCUAAAGAAACAGUCUUGGAGGUUUCACACCAAAUACAUGAUGUGGUUUCAGAGACAUGAAGAGCCCAAGACAAUAACAGAUGAAUUUGAACAGGGGACAUACAUUUACUUUGACUAUGAGAAAUGGGGCCAGAGGAAGAAAGAAGGAUUUACAUUUGAAUACCGUUAUCUUGAAGAUCGCGACUUACAAUGACCUCUCACCAUCACACUCAGCCUUCCAGUUUCACACGGGCAAACAGCAAGCGGGGGAAACAAGGGGAAGGGGCCGACUAUUCAUUUCUGUCCCGUUCCCAGGGGGAGUUGGGAGGAGGGAAAAUUUGGACAAACACUUUAAUGCAUGCAGUUACAAAAAUGUAAAACAAAAAUUUUAUUAGGAUUGAGGUUGACCUUGGAGAGCGAGAGAAUGGAAACAUGAAGAACCAGAAGUCUAAAACGAAACUUUUGAAACUCAGACCCUCCUCUUCUGCAGAAGGCUUCAAGGAAGAGAAGUCCAUUUUAUUGCAUUUGGUUCAAGAACAAAGUGUGUAGAUCUUUUGCAACAGGAAGGAAAAGCUAAUCUUCCCCCUCCUGGAUAUUUCUGCAGGCGGGAAGUACUUGUCUCUUACCCAGAGGGGUUUCUACUGGCUGCCAUUUGUUUGUUUUUUCCCCCCUCUUUAAAAACAUUUGUUUUCUAUUAAUUUUGUCCUUUUCUGGCAGAUACUGAAUCUUUUUUUUUUUGUUUUGAUAACAAGUGCAUCAAGGUUUAAAGUGUUUUAUUUUUUAUUUUUCUUUUCCACCUGCCCUUCCCAACCCCUCCCCUUCCUCGAUACAUGUAUCUGUACCGAUGGAAUUAAUGGUAUGGAAAGCUGGUUUAAAAUAUUUUUCGUAACCUAUUUUCAUUUUGGAAAAUAUUUAUGAAUAAAUAGUUUUAUAUGA